GUGAAACGUUACGCCUUUUGUUGUGAACCCGGAAGUACAACGUGAAACCGGAAGUACGACGCGUUUGGUCGUUAGCUCCCUUUUAAACCUCACGAGCUCUGCCCUUGACUGACCCACAGAGCCUCGGACAACAUGUCGCGCGGCGGUACGUCUCUGCUGUUUCUGCUGCAGCGGUGUGUCGCAGUUCGACAGGUGACGUUACGGACAGGUAUCAAAACAAGAUGCAGCAGCAGCAGCGUGUUGUCGGCCCGGUGCGCCUUCACCCAGCAGCCGACAUGGGCAUCAACCACCCGGGCAGUCUGUGAGCUGCAGUCCGCAGUGAGAAGCAGCCAGUACCGGUUCUGUACCAAGGCGGGGGCGCCAUGCGAGGACGAAUACCCCCCGCUGCCGACCUACCAGCCGGACCCAGAAGCGGAGAAGAAGGAGCUGUACAUCAUGCAGGUGAAGGGUCUCCCCUGGUCCUGCUCGGCUCAGGAGCUCCUGCAGUUCUUCUCGGAGUGUCGGAUACGCGACGGCGUGAAGGGGAUCCACCUCACGGUGGACCGGAUGGGGAGGCCGUCGGGACAAGCCUUCAUCGAGAUGGAGCACGAGGAGGACGUCGGCAAAGCCCUGGAGAAGCACCGGCAGUACCUCGGCCCGCGAUACGUGGAAGUGUACGAAGUGACGAACACCGACGCGGAAGCCCUCCUGAAGAAAGCCGGCCAGGAUCCGGCCGAGAGCGACGUGGUGCGACUGAGAGGGCUCCCCUUCUCCUGCACGGACCAAGACAUCGUCAUGUUCUUUUCGGGUUUGGACAUCGUGGAGAACGGCAUCACCGUCGUCUUGGACCGCAAAGCGAGGCACUCCGGAGAGGCCUUCGUGCAGUUCUCCUCCCACGAAGCGGCGGCCGAAGCUCUGCAGAGACACCGAGAGGUCAUCGGAAACAGAUACAUCGAGGUGUUUCCCAGCAGGAGGGACCAGAUCCAUUCGAGCUGGAAGAAGAAGCCGAGUUCGGCUCCUCCUUUCGUCGGCCUGCCGUCGGCGAACAGGACCGCCUCCGCCUCGCAGAACAGAACCGGAUCCGCUCACGGCUCGGCGCUUCAUUACAUCCACAUGAGAGGACUUCCCUUCCAGGUGUCCGGAGAAGACGUGGUGAAGUUCUUCGCUCCUCUAGCCGUGUCCAAGAUCCUGAUGGAAUGCGGCGCCGAAGGGAGGCCGAGCGGCGAGGCCGACGUCUACUUCAGCUGCCACAAGGACGCCCUGACCGCCAUGUCCAGGGACCGGAUGUACAUCGGGGAGCGAUACAUCGAGUUAUUCCUGAACUCUGACGCAGAAUCUGAUGGAAGCUGGUGAACACACAGACGCCCAAACACACACACAGUGUAUUAUCAUUAUUCUCCAGCCGGACAUCGAUUAAUUUAUAAUUAAUAAACAUUCCUGGUGUCAAAAAAAGAAACAAUUUUAUUUCAGUCUCGACCCAAAAAGAGCAACACCCACAAAGAAAUAAUGUGAAGAUGACAUUUAUAACAACGUCUUAUAUUGAAAGUAAAGAUGGUUUAAACAUUUUAUUAUUUCUAGUUAUUCUGGAAAUGUUUGUCCUGUGAAAUCUGUAAACUAAAUAAAAAUGCAGUUUGGGAAAAUAACAUCUAAAUGUGCAUAUUAAUCAAUUA